AUGCUUUUGCUUAAUAAUUAUCUAGAAAAGGGUAAUAAUUGUUCUCCUUUACUGUUUCCUCAUAUAAAGAUUUAAUUGGUUUUGAAGUCAUUUAUUUCCUUCCAUAUGAGGCAAGUGACGAUUGAGUCAAGCUUACAUCAUACGAUAUGUAACAUCUAAAGCUCAACAGAAAUUAUAUUAUUUUUUUUUCUACCAUAUUUUUUCGUUGUAUUUAUAACCAAAAUUUAAAAAUAGCAUGAUUUUCUCUAUACUACCUACUGCAAUCAACCAAAUAUUUUAAUUAAAUUUUUAUUUAUCAAUUAAUUUGUUAUUAAAUCUACUUUAAAUCUUAUAUUCUUUAAUUAAUUUCGUUUUACUGACAUACUGUGUAUAAUAGUAAUAUCUUUUUAGAUUAGAUUAGUUAGAUAGAUAGACGAUUAUUGCAUAUUCCUUUAUAACAAUUUUUACUCUUCUGACCCUCUAUUCAAAUCAAAUAAAUUAACUCACAUUUAUAUAUUAACUCCUAAAUCAUUCAUUUAUUCUUUUCAAGUAUGUUAUGUGAAAAAUUAGCUUUUUCUAUCUCAAGCAACUGCCUAUUUAUAUUUUUUCAAAAAAUCUAAUUGA